AUGGAGAAGGAAACUGGUAGACAUAUCAAAGCUGUACGAUCCGAUAGAGGUGGCGAGUAUACUUCGAUGGCUUUCAUGGAGUACUGCGAGGAGAAAGGCAUAAGGCGAUUUCUAACUGCACCUUACACCCCUCAACAAAAUGGUGUGGUUGAGAGAAAGAAUCGGACCAUUCUCGACAUGGUUCGCUCAAUGCUCAAGAGCAAAAAGAUGCCGAAGGAAUUUUGGGCAAAAGCAGUGCAAUGCGCCAUCUACGAGAAGGAAGAGAAUGGGAAGGUAAUCUCUAAACUUGUGAAGAAAGUUGAAGAAGGUGUGGAGAAAGAGAAUGACUUGUUAAUGGAGAUUGAUGCUCUAGUGAACGAACUAGUGAAGGAGGAGAAAGAUAUAGAGAUGCUGACUCAACAAAGAGACUCACUCGACGUGAACCUGAAUCGAGUCCAACAGGAGACAGUGAAUUUACGAUACACGAUUGAGAUACUCACUCCUGAUAAAGUCGAAAUGGAGGAAGCAAAAAUGGAAGUUGAAAAUGUCAUUGUGGACUUGUGA